AUGACUACUUGUAACGACAAGCUUUGGGUUUGUGUGAUGAAUGAAAAAUACGUUAAAAAUGGGAAUUUUUUUACCGCUCCAAAUCCGAGGAAAUCUUCAUGGUGUUGGAGGAGCAUCAUAAGAUGGUGGUCCACCAUCGAAUUAGGAUCUGCAUGGCGUGUGGGCAAUGGCAGAACUCUAAAUUUUUUGUCUGACUGGUCGGUGGCCGAUAAACCGCUUGGUUUUCUGGAGGACAUAGAAAUCACCGAUGAGGUAGCCAAUGCAAAGGUAUGCGACUUUAUCUUGCCUAAACAUUCUUGGGAUUUUGAUAGGUUGAGUAAUUUCCUGCCGAGCGAUUUGGUCAACUCCAUCAGAACCAUCCCUAUUCCAUGCAACGAUCAAGCACAAGACGUUCUCUACUGGCCAGGUUCCUCCUCUGGUAUGUUUUCUGUCCAAGAAGGUUUUAAGUUUAUUCUAGGCGCGGGUGUUGGAACAGUGCAAAUUGUUUAUUUGGCUUUCAACGAAUGGGGGUUGGCGGACGACAGUGGCUACUCGGCGUGUGGCAAGGACGAUGAGUCGAUUGGGCACAUUCUGAUGGAUUGCGACAUCGCGAAAGCUAUUUGGCGAAGGACGUAUCACCCGAGCUAUUUCCGAUAUGGAAUCCCGCAAGGGGUGACGAGCUGGCUGAAGACUAACUGCUCAUCCAAGUUAAGCAUGAAAUGGAAUCUAUGGCAAACAACUUUCGCUUAUACGUGUUGGGUUCUUUGGAAGGCCCGAAAUAGACGAGUCUUUGGUCAGAAACCUUGUUCUUUUAGCAGUAAUAGUCACCAGGUGGCGGACUUAACAGAAGCUACCAUGGCUACGAUGACUUGGAAAAAUCUGGGCGAUAAGGACAGAAAUGCUUGGAUCUCCUGGCACCAGUCUAAUGAGGGCUUUUUUGCGGAGCUGUGGGGCCUAAGGAAAGGUCUCCGGCUGGCAAAAGCAAGGGGGGUUAAUAGAGUGAUCUUUGAGUUAGAUUCUGAAUCGGUGGUUGCUGUAAUGCGUGACACGGACGAGGACAUGACAAAUGCGUCGAUAUUGAUUAAUGACUGCAAAUUCCUUGCAAAGCACUUUGACGACAUCAUCUUCCAACACACGUUGAGGGAAGGGAAUAAGUGCGCGGACCACCUAGCCAACAUUGGCCAAACAACUGACUAG